GGUGUGUGCAUUGUGCGGGAGGCGUGUAUCCCUCUCCCAACCAAAGAGCAAGGAGAGAAAUCGACUGGACCACGCAACAGCCUCUCUGCUCCAAACAGAAUGUCGUCAAGGAAUGUAUUCUAGCUGGAAAUGCAAGGGAGCACCGACCAGUCGCAGUAUUUUAUUUAAAAUCUAUAGACCCAUAAUAAUCUGAAAUAUGGCUGAAGUGAAGUCGAGGUGAGUUGCGCUGUUGCUCAGACAACUUGCUGUUGAGUGGUGCGCACUCCACUCUCCGCCUCUCGCCAGCCAGCCUGUCGGAUGAAAAGAAAACGGAUAGAUCCCCUUCUUUUUUGUUCUUCUAUCAAUCGAUAGUCAUUAGACUGUGGAAUCAUGUCGAUGGGACAGGACGAAAACUCAGUCCGGGUGGCUUUGAGGAUUCGUCCUCAACUGGCCCGGGAGAAGAUCGAGGGAUGUCACAUCUGUACGUUUGUGACCCCAGGGGAGCCCCAGGUGAUGCUGGGUAAAGACAAGGCCUUUACUUAUGACUAUGUGUUCGACAUGGACUCCUGUCAGGACAGCAUCUACGCUAGCUGCACUGAGAAGCUGAUCGAGGGCUGCUUCGAAGGCUACAACGCCACCAUUUUUGCCUAUGGCCAGACAGGGUCAGGUAAGACCUACACCAUGGGUACAGGGUUUGAUGUUAAUAUCGGGGAAGAGGAGUUGGGCAUCAUACCCCGGGCAGUCAACCACCUCUUCAGGGGCAUCGAGGAGCGCCAGGAGGCCGCUAAAGAGCAGGGACGACCCGUUCCUGAGUUCAAGAUCAACGCACAGUUCCUGGAGCUUUACAAUGAGGAGGUGCUGGAUCUGUUUGACUCUACACGGGACCUGGAAGCUCGGACGCAGAAAUCCCACAUAAAAAUCCACGAGGACGCUAAUGGAGGAAUCUACACAGUAGGGGUGACCACACGAACGGUAGCCUCCGAGGCAGAGAUGAUGCAGUGUCUGAAGCUGGGUGCUCUGUGUCGAACCACCGCCAGCACCCAGAUGAACGUCCAGAGCUCCCGUUCUCAUGCUAUCUUCACCAUUCACCUGUGCCAAGUCAGAGUCUGUGCAUCCGACAAUAAAGACAACAACGAGACAGACAACAGCGAGACUGACAACAGGAUUGCUAACGGCAACUCGGAGAUGGAAGAGUAUGAGACACUGACCGCCAAGUUUCACUUUGUGGACCUGGCCGGUUCUGAAAGGCUGAAGAGAACCGGUGCAACAGGAGACCGAGCUAAGGAGGGAAUCUCCAUCAACUGUGGACUGCUUGCUCUGGGGAAUGUAAUUAGUGCUUUGGGAGACAGGAGCAAGCGAUCCACGCACGUGCCCUACAGAGACUCCAAACUCACCCGGCUCCUACAGGACUCUCUAGGUGGAAACAGCCAAACGAUGAUGAUAGCCUGCAUCAGUCCGUCUGACCGGGACUUCAUGGAGACUCUGAACGCCUUGAAGUACGCUAACAGAGCCAGGAACAUUAAGAACAAGGUGAUGGUGAACCAGGACAAGGCCUCCCAGCAGAUCUCUGCUCUCAGGACAGAAAUCGCCAGGCUCCAGAUGGAACUGAUAGAGUACAGGACCGGUAAGCGUAUGGUGGGAGAGGAUGGUAUGGAGAGCAUCAACGACAUGGUCCAUGAAAACACCAUGCUGCAGACUGAGAACAGCAACCUGAGGAUCAGGGUCAAAGCCAUGCAGGAGACCAUUGACGCCCAGAGGGCCAGACUCACACAGUACCUCAGUGACCAGGCCAACCAGGUCCUCGCCAGGGCAGGUGAGGGCAGUGAAGAGAUUGGGAACAUGAUCCGGAGCUAUAUCAAAGAGAUAGAGGACCUCAGGGCCAAACUCCUGGAAAGUGAGUCUAUGAAUGAAAACCUGCGUAAGAACCUGUCCCGUGCCUCCUCACGCCAGUCCUUCUAUCCCGGAACCUUCUCCCCUGCCCUCCUGGCCCCCGAGAAGGAGGCCUCCGACAUCAUCGAGAUGGCCAAGAAAGAUCUGGAGAAACUCAAGAAGAAGGAGAGGAAGAAGAAGAAGAGGCUCCAGCAGCUGCUGGAAGAGAGAGAGAGGGAGGAGCUUGUAGAGGAGGAGGAUGGCAGUGUCGUCAAGGAAGAGGUCCCCGACAAUGACCAAGACCAAGGGAUGGAAAAAGAGCUGACUGAGCGGUCCAAUGACGAGCCUGAGAUGGAGGGGAGUGACCAUGAGGAUGAGGAAGAUGAGGAGGAGGAAGAGGAGGAGAUGGAUGUGGAGGAGAGCUCUGAUGAUUCAGACUCUGAGUCAGAUGAGAAAGAGAACUUCCAGGCGGACCUGGCCAACAUCACGUGUGAGAUCGCCAUCAAGCAGAAGCUGAUAGAUGAACUGGAGAACAGCCAGCGCCGUCUGCACACGCUCAAACAGCAGUACGAGCAGAAACUGAUGAUGCUGCAGAGCAAGAUCAGAGACACACAGCUGGAGAGAGACCGGGUGCUGCACAACAUGGGCUCAGUGGAGACAUGCAGCGACGAUAAGGCUAAGAAGAUCAAGCAGGAGUACGAGAAGAAGCUGAGCAUCAUGAACAAGGAACUACAGAAGCUACAGUCAGCCCAGAAGGAACACGCACGCCUGCUCAAGAACCAAUCCAAGUACGAGACACAGCUGAAGAAGCUCCAACUGGACGUCACAGAGAUGAAGAAGACAAAGGUUCGUCUGAUGAAGCAGAUGAAGGAUCAGCAGGAGAAGAACAGGAUGACCGAGUCCAGGAGAAACCGAGAGAUCGCCACCCUCAAGAAGGACCAGCGCAAACAGGAGCACCAGCUGAAGCUACUAGAAGCCCAGAAGAGACAACAGGAGCUAAUUUUGCGCAGGAAGACUGAGGAGGUGUCUGCUCUGAGGAGACAGGCCAGGCCUAUGUCUGGUAAGGCGACCAGCAGGAAGGUGAGUCUCCCAGAGCCCCUCCAGGACUCCUCCCACCGACCCCCCUCAGGACGCCUGCAGUCCUCUGGCUCCACCGCCACCAAUGGAACCAGGUCCUACUACAGGCGGUCAACAGGCAUAUAUUCCACCCGAGUGGCCAGGGUGAAGUGGCAGUCUCUGGAGCGUCGUAUCUCUGAUGUCAUCAUGCAGAGGAUGACCAUAUCCAACAUGGAGUCUGAAAUGAACCGCCUGCUCAAGCAACGUGAGGAGCUGACCAAGCGGAGGGAGAAGGUGACCAGAAAGAGGGACAGGCUGGCGGGGGAGGGGCCUGAGGCUGAAAAGGCGGUGCUUCCCCUCAACGAGGAAGUGGACGCCGUGGUUGCCAACAUCGACUACAUCAACGACAGCAUCGCUGACUGCCAGGCCAACAUUAUGCAGAUGGAGGAAGCCAAGGAGGAGGUUGACACGGUGGAUGUUUCCGCAGUCAUCAGCUCCUGUACUCUAACAGAAGCCCGCUUCCUGCUGGACCACUUCAUGUCUAUGGCCAUCAACAGAGGUCUGCAGGCGGCUCAGAGGGAGUCCCAGGUGAAGGUGAUGGAGGGCAGGCUGAAGCAGACGGAGAUCACCAGCGCCACUCAGAACCAGCUGCUGUUCCACAUGCUGAAGGAGAAGGCUGAGUUUAACCCCGAACUGGACGCCCUGCUGGGGAACGCUCUGCAAGAGCUAGGUAACAUGCCAUUGGAGAACGGGGAUGACAGCAGCAGUGACGAAUCUGCCCAGAGUCCUGCAACAGAGGGACACUCCCUGGCAUCAGAUCUAAUGAAACUCUGUGGAGAGACCAAAACAAGGAGCAAGGCUCGUAGAAGAACCACCACUCAGAUGGAGUUGCUCUACGCCAAUAGUGACGCCACCCCUGACAUGCCCAGCGGUGAUUUCUUCCCCUGUCUCCCAUUGGCUGAAACACCAGAAGAGGGCAGAGAUCCUGAGACCCCCAUUGGCUCAUCAGUCAGGGACAGAGACUUUAUGGCUCAUUCUCCUGGCUUGGCCUCUAAGAUGGGCAGCAUUUCCGGCUCCAUGGCUGCCGCCUCCUCGGGGGUGGAAAAGAGAGUUCCAGAGCCCUCGCCGCUCUCUCGCAGGAAGACCUAUGACAGGCCACAAGCGGCGGCUAAGGUGAAGGAGAUCAAACAAGGGGUAAUCAACCCAGUGCCCUCUUCAAAGGGCAGUCGGUCAGCAACACUACAGUGUGUCCACGUGGCUGAGGGUCACACUAAAGCGGUGUUGUGUGUUGACUCUACUGAUGACCUCCUCUUCACCGGCUCCAAAGACCGUACGUGUAAGGUGUGGAACCUGGUAACGGGUCAGGAGAUCAUGUCCCUGGCGGGUCACCACAACAAUGUGGUGUCAGUCCGCUACAGCUCCAGCCUGGUCUUCACCGUCUCCACCUCCUACAUCAAGGUCUGGGACAUCCGAGACUCAGCCAAGUGCAUCCGCACCCUCACGUCUUCUGGUCAGGUGACUCCUGGCGAUGCCUGUGCGUCCAGCACCAACCGGACUGUCACCAUCCCGGCAGGAGAGAACCAGAUCAACCAGAUUGCCCUCAACCCCAGCGGCUCUGUCCUGUACGCCGCCGCCGGCAACUCUGUCAGAGUCUGGGACGUAGGAAGAUUUGUAUCUACAGGGAAGCUGACUGGUCACCUGGGUCCAGUCAUGUGUCUGACUGUGGACCAGAGCGGGAACGGUCAGGAUCUGGUCAUCAGCGGCUCCAAGGACCAUUACAUCAAGAUGUUUGACGUGGCAGAGGGGGCCCUGGGUGCUAUUGGCCCCACACACAACUUUGAGCCUCCCCACUACGAUGGUAUCGAGUCCCUGGUGGUGCAGGGGGACGUCCUCUUCAGUGGCUCCAGAGACAACGGCAUUAAGAAGUGGGACUUGGCCCGCAAAGACCUACUGCAGCUAGUGCCCAAUGCCCACCGUGACUGGGUGUGUGCCCUGGGUGUGGUGCCUGGCUCUCCGGCCCUGCUGAGCGGCUGUAGAGGAGGGGUGCUCAAGCUUUGGCACACAGACACACGGGGCCCUGGGGAACUCAAGGGCCACGAGAGCCCCAUCAACGGCAUCUCCACCAACAGCAGCCACCUCUUCACAGCAUCUGAUGAUCGAACAGUGAAGAUCUGGCGUGCCCGAGGCGGACUCGACAGCACCUUGGAGACGACGGCGGACACCACUGACGAGGUGGCCAAUAACUGAACAUGGCUGUGACCUCCCGUCGUGACCCUUAACCUUGGACGCUGCUGACUAGCACUUUUACCUCUGACCUUUCACCUUGGAAACCAUGGAAACCACCUACCCCCCCAGCCCCCACAUAUUGUAACCAUAAACUGUGCAAGCCCGCAGGAAUGGAAUCUUAUCUCAGCAAAAGUAGCUGUAGUCUUUCCACAGAGUGAGAUAGAUGUAUCCUUAGGGAAAUUUAUCUAGUCUAACCUGCCUGGCAGUUGCACUGACUUGUGCAGAAUAAAUUAUCUGUUUGCUUGGUAGACAUCUUUCCCUCUCAACUCAUAUUAAGUAUAUAGUAAGCCCACACGGGUCAUAUUUAGACACACACACAUACACACAUACACACUAAUAGAGGCAGAUUUUUAGGGUCUUUCUGGGCUGGGGGAGUUAAUGAAGGUGAGUGGUGCAGAGAGGAGGAAAAUAGGAUGGGUGGGCCACUGGGCUCUGUAGCUGGGCUCUGUAGCUGGGCUCUGUAGCUGGGCUCUGUAGCUGGGCUCUGUAGCUGGGCUCUGUAGCUGGGCUUUGUAGCUGGGCUCUGUAGCUGGGCUUUGUAGCUGGGCUUUGUAGCUGGGCUCUGUAGCUGGGCUCUGUAGCUGGGCUCUGUAGCUGGCCUACAAGACCUGGACCAGGUUCUCCAGUGGCACAGCAAAGGAACAGAAGCACUGUAAGCAGAACCACUGUCCCUCUUUAUCUGAUAUCAAUGUGGCUUUAUGUCAACUGACAAAUCACCGCACCCCCUUAAAUCACCGCUUGGUUUAAACGUUAUUUUGCUUCGAAUUCAGCUCCCACUUAUUGUAGCUGACCAAAUUGUGAAACUUGUCUUGCACUGUCAACUGGAUACACUAACUAACAAUACUCUUGUAACCACUUGGAAAACGUCUUCAGUCAGUCACCUUCUGUCUGCUAUCUUCGUCUUUACACGUAAUCCUUACUGACUCUAUGUGCAAAUACAAUGUCUCUUUGAGGAUACACCGACUGUCUUCACUCACUCGUCCACUGCUCAUAAUUUAUAUCUAUGUAGUAAUGUACGAUUCUCCUCUUAAUACUGUUACCACACCCUCCCUCUAAAAGUUGUGAACUAACCUAACGCCUGUGCUGCUAAGUUGUUUGCUCACCUUUGACCCAUAGAGGUCUUCUGUUCUGAACCCCAGGUGAGGUCCACAUGGUAACCGUAGUUACGUACUGUAUAUAAUAAUGUAAAGUGUGAGGAGGAGAGCAGCCGUUUACCUGUGCCUGUACUGUCAGCCUCCUAUCCUGGUCCUGGAAGUCCCCCGUGUUUGGUGGUUGUAUCAUGUGCCAGUUUUACUGCACAUUACAACUGCAAUAUUUGUGAUUGCUGUGAGCCAGGGCUGGGGUCAAUACCAUUUCAAUUCAGAAAGUAACACAAAUUAGAGAUUUGAAAUGGAAUUGACCCCAACUAUGGUGUAAGCUGAACCUGUCAAAUAAUUCAUUGUAUCUGCUAGGACUAUUGAAUGUUAAAGGACAAGUAGCAGCAGCCAUCAACACAUGAUCUAUAUGUUAACAGUAUUGUAUGAUGAAAUCAACUGAAGGUUAGCAUUGUUGAUCACCAAAACUCGCUCCACAAGGGAAACUGAGGACCAUAGUUCGGAGACGGUGUUCUAACAGCACUCUUAAUGCUUUUGAACAGAGCCUCUCUCCCUGACCCUGUGUCAGCCUGUUAUGUUUCCUGGUCUGAGUCUGAAAUUGCACCCUAUUGCCUAUAUAGUGCACUACUUUUGUACAUAGCACUAUGGACCCUGGUCAAAAGCUUGUGCAUUAUAUAGGGAAUAGUGUGCAAUUUCAGAUGCAGCCCUGAUUCUCUUGUUCUGUUAAACUGUAUGUAAUUAAAACCAAUCCUGGGUUCCCUUCUGGGGUUUAACUGUAGAUGGCCCUCCCCAAAAUGUCUGACUCUGUACUGUAGCAGUUCUGAUGUCAGAUGCCUGGUGAAAUAAAUGUCAUCCUUCAAAAACCA